AUGCCGUCGCCGUCCUUUCCUCCGGCGAGCCGCCGCAGCCAUGGCAGGCCUCCCGCCGCUUCUGCCAACGCCGCCCGCAAGCGUAAGCUCUCCUCUUCCUCAUUCUCCUCAACUCCGAGGCUGCCUCUGCUUCUCCCGCCGUCCCCACUCACCCUUUUUCUUCCCUUGCUCCAGCUCAAGCUGCGGGACACGGCCGUCGAGCCCCGCGCGCCCAAGCGACACCGUCCCCUGGAGCCGCCUGCUUCGGAUAGCCGCCGCCCGCAACCGGAUUCUCCGCCUAGCAGUAGGGAGCUGCCUCCGCCGCCGAAGUCCAAAGUUCGGCGUCGAUCGAGGUCACCGCCGCCGUUCAGUGUUCGGAGUCGAUCGAGGUCACCGCCGCCGUACAAAGUUCAGCGUCGAUUGAGGUCACCGCAGCCGUCCAAAGUUCGGUGUCGAUCGAGGUCUCCGUCGAUCGAGCACCCAGAAACUUCCUCAGCUACAGUAGGGAAUAGACCUGGUCCUGCAAUCAGGGGGCAUGAGCAGAAGUUGGAUAGCAAGAAGAUGGAUGGAAAAAAUCAGAGUGAUGACAAGGCUCCAAGCAGAAGUGCUCGUCGCAAGAAGAGAAAAAGACAGAUACGAGCGGAAGCUAAAAAAGAAUUUAGGGAGCACUCAGAAACUUCAUCAGGUGCAGUAGAGAAGACACUUGAUCCUGCAGUCCGGGGUGAUGAGCUGGAGUUGCAUAGUGAGAAGAUAGAUGGAAAAAACCAGAGUGACCACAAGGCUCCAAGCAGAAGUGCUCGUCGCAAGAAGAUGAGAAGACAAGUAUGGACGGAAGCUAAAAAACAAAUGAGGGAGCACUCAGAAACUUCAUCAGGUGCAGUAGAGAAGACACCUGAUCCUGCAGUCCGGGGUGAUGAGCUGGAGUUGCAUAGUGAGAAGAUGGAUGGAAAAAACCAGAGUGACCACAAGGCUCCAAGCAGAAGUGCUCGUCGCAAGAAGAUGAGAAGACAAGUAUGGACGGAAGCUAAAAAACAAAUGAUGGAGAUGAAAAAGGACAAGCUGUUAGAAAAGAUUAAAAAGCUGCAAGAUUGUGCCUGGCUUAUGGAGAAGGAUGGUGCAGACAAGGCUGAAAUCAUGGAAUUCAGGAGUUUGAUUGAAUCAACAAAGAAGCAGUAUGAGGAGAAUGAGGAACUAUUGGCCCAGGCAGGAUCAAGUGCAUCACAGCAGCAUGUGGAAACAAUGGCAGCUCUUGUAGAGACGGUUGAGGGAGAUGAGCAGAACAUGGAUUCUGGAGAAGCGGAGGGCAGAAGCCUGAAAGGUUGCAAGGAAGCUUCCAAACAAAGCGAACUAGCGGAGGAGGUGAACCGUCUCAAGAGUGAGAUCGAAACGGUCAGGCAAGACCGUGACUACCAGUCAGCAAAGGCGCAGUCUUUGAUGGCUGACAUGGCUAAGCAGAAAGAAGUCGCAAGAAGAUACGGAGUCGAGCUAGAGGAUGCUAUGAGGAGAGUCGCUGCCCUCGAGGAAAGAGGGCUACUGGAAAGCGAGACAAUCAGAACGUUGCAGGUUCAGCUUGCAUGUGCAAACGAGAAACUAAUGGUAUGUAAUGAUUUGUUCUAG